GGGAUGAAAAUGCGAUACACUCCCUUCUUUUCUGCCUUCUCAGGGUUCCCAGGAAGACAGCCCCGCGCCCCUGCCCACUUCUCAGGUCCGGCCCACUCAGGGAGGACUGUGGGCCCAGGCCUGAUGCAGGGUCUCCGGCUUACCAACUCCUUCCUCCCGGGCUCUCUGCUCCUUCCUUCUCGCUGCACUGGCCUUACUGCCUCUCGGUCACAAGGGGGCAGCCUCGCUCUGGGCUUCUGGGCUCAGGCGGUGGUGGGCCGGCCCGGGCAGCAGGAGGCCAGGGGGCAAGUCUUUCCAGCAGCACCCACCCCAGCCUCCUUCGGUCUCAGCCCGUGCCCACCCCCAGAUGGGGACACUGGGUCUCUCCCUGAGAUCAAAGGAUGCCACCCAGUACCCUGUGGGGAGGAAGAAAGAGGAGAGACCCUAAGCUUUCUUCCAAGUCCCAGUUUCAAGCCCGCUGUGAGGAGUGCAUGCCUGUCGACCGUUCCCCUUGGUGUUGGCACGGGGACCUUGGUGCGAGGCACACCUUGCCGUGUUGGACCGAGCAAGAACCAGCAGUGUUGGUUCGUCAACCCCCUCAGCUCCCCGACCAGGGACCGAACCCAUGCCCCCGGCAAUGGAAGUGCGAGUCUUAACCACCAGACUCCCAGGGAACUCCCUCCUCCCCUUUCCUGAAUGGACCUCGUGGACUCCUUCUCUGUUACUGC